UGGGUUCAACCUGUCCACCCUAUUGUAAACUUCUUCCUGUGGCACCGAUGUAUCCUUGCUUACAGCUGUUAAGGUGAGGGUCUGGCAGGACCGCCCCCUUACAUGUCAACAAGGGAAGAAGUAGCGGUCAAAACCGACAGAUCCAGCUGCUGAAGAGAUGGGGUGUACAUGUUCUCAACCACAACAAGCCAGAAGCCAGGCACGUCGCCAUAGGCCAGAAUAUGCUAUCGUAGACAGCAACAGCUGCGGCUUAAUAAUGAAGAAAGGCCACCGAGUUCACUUGAAGAGUGUGGAAGUGGAGGUGCAGGUGAAGGGAUAUGUUGCUACAGUAACGUCCACCUUGCAGUACGUGAAUGAGGAGGAGCUUCCGGUGGAGGCCCUGUUCGUGUUACCGUUACCUGCAGAAGCAGCUCUCUGUCACUUCAGCACCAAGAUCGCCGACCAGGAGGUGGUGGCCGAGGUGCAUGACAAACAGAAGGUCCAGGAGAUAUACGCCGAUGCCUUAAGGUCGGGACAGCAGACAUUUUUUUGGGGGGAGACCCAAGAAAGCCCAGGUGUCUUCCGACUGGCUGUGGGGAACCUGCCUCCUAAAGAAAGCACUGCUGUGACUCUCAUUUACGUCAUUGAGCUGGCUGUGCAGGCAGAUGAUGGCCUGCGCUUCUGUCUGCCAUCUGUGCUCAACCCACAAUGUGCAUCCACCAACAUCGUUGCUUGUACAUGUAAGGUGCCUUAUACUUUGUCCCUUGGCAUCCACAUCACCUCGUCCAUCCCCGUUUCUAGAGUAGUGUCCAGCUGCUCUCUGGAGCCACUGAUCUACCUCAACACAGCUCAGACUCAGGCAAAGGUGAGUCUCUCUCCAGGACACAAGUUCAACAGGGAUGUGGAGAUGUUGCUUUAUUACAAGGAUGCCCAUCAGCCCACUGCCAUAGUAGAGGCAGGACUUCCUAAUGCAAAACAAGGUUCUCUGAUGGGUGACUCUUUGGUCAUGCUUAGUCUAUCCCCAGAAUUUCCUGAAGAGGUGGUAUCUUCUUUUGGAGAACGUGGGGAGUUUAUUUUAGUGAUGGAUCAGUCUGGCAGCAUGGCGGGGUCCUUAAUGAGAAAUGCCAAGGAAACUCUUCUCCUGCUGCUGAAGAGUCUUCCCCUGGGCUGCUACUUCAACAUCUAUGGCUUUGGCUCUGACUUCAAGUCCUUUUUCCGUAAGAGUGUGGCAUACACUCAGAAGACAAUGGAAAAGGCUGCAGAGAAGGUGCAAGCUAUGGAGGCAGACAUGGUUGGUACCGAAAUUUUGAAACCACUGAAGCACAUCUAUAAGCAAGAUCAUCUUCCAGAUCACCCCAAACAGGUGUUUCUUUUCACUGAUGGAGAUGUAAAGAACACCAAAGAGAUCCUGGACCUGGUCAGAACUCACUCGAGAUCCCACAGAUGCUUCACCUUUGGCAUCGGGCAGUUUGCUGGCACUGCACUGAUCACAGGAAUGGCCAGAGAAGGCCGUGGAUUUGCCCAGUUCAUCACAAGCAAAGACCGACUGCAGCUCAAAGUGAUGCAGUCCCUCAGCUUCGCCCUGCAGCCCGCUGUUGUUGACAUCUCUGUGAAAUGGACCCUUCCAGAGGGCAUGUCUGUCACUACUUUGUCUCCUCCCCUCAAUGUUCUCUUUCAGGGUCAGAGAGCACUGCUGUACGCUCAGCUCACAGGAGAGAGCUCAGGGAGUGAUGAAGGAACCGUGACUGUGCACUACAGUCUGGAAGGACAACCAGUGAGAAACCAGUUUACUUUCUGCCUAAAAGCUGCUGAGGACACUGGGCUGGGAAUUCAUAGGCUGGCUGCUCGUUCCUUGAUCCAAUCUCUGGAAAUGGAGCAUAGGGAAAAGAAAGAUGAGAGCUUAAGAGAACAGGUGGUGGAGCUCAGCGUGCAGUCGGGAGUGAGCAGCUCUUUCACUGCUUUCCUUGCCGUCCACAAGGGCAGUGGACAGCCAGUGAAAGGACCGUUGGUGAGGGAUGCAAUACCAGCAUCAUAUCUAGAAUAUGAUGAAGAGUACGAUUCAGAUCCUGGACACCAAGGAAAGCCCUGUGAACUCUACAUACCAUCAAGUUGGCAUUCACCUGUAUGUGAAUAUUCAGUGAGGGCAUCCGCUUCACCACACUGUCCUGCCCAGAGGGAGCCCUACCUGGACCUGGUUUCUCUUCAGAAAGCGGCAGGGAACUGGGAUUUGGAGGCCAAACUCUUUGACGUGCUUGGCAAGACAGAAAAGGAACUGGCCAAACAAAAGCCUCUACAGGUGGACAGUGCAGUGUGGGCCACUGUUCUGGCUCUGAUCUGGCUUCACGGCUUCAGGACAGCUGAACAGGAAGAGUGGAAGUUCAUUGCUAUGAAAGCCACAUCCUGGAUCCGUUCUCAGAAAGUGGAGAACCUGUCUGAGUGUGUCCAGGCUGGAAAUGCUGUGCUGGGCUGUCGGGUGGAAGAAGAGCGUCUGACCUACAUCUGUCCACGACACUGCCAUUACUACCAUUAGGCUCACACUCCCAGACUCAUUCUUGUUGGAAGUAGUUUUAUCAGUAUUUACAGGGAUUUGAGUGACUCUGUACCUUAAUUAUAUCCAUUUAUUAAAACAAAUGAUCGAAUUUUCUAUUUUGUCACUAUCGAAACAAUAAUAACUAAACAGAAACUUUACCAAAUAUUUCAGUAGUGACUGUUUCAGUAGUGACUGUUUCAGUAGUGUCUGUUUCAGAAGUGAUUGUUUCAGUAGUGUCUGUUUCAGAAGUGAUUGUUUCAGUAGUGUCUGU